CCAGACGUUCAUCACGCGUGCGCUGCAAUCUCAUUCUGAAGCUGCUGCGCGCUCCUUCGCUGCAGAGACGACAUUCAAAAAGCCUCUCACCUUCCCUUAAUCCUCCGGAAGAUCGUCUCUAUAUCUCGGCCUCUGCUCUGGUCCAAACGUCGGUCCAUACCCAUCAGAGAUGCACGCGACCACAACUAAGCUGCACACAUGUCUCUGCACGACUUGCAAAGCAUGCGUUCAUGCGCGCACAGCGGCAAUUCCCAAGACUGUCACAAGCUCUGCCCACAUCCUUACUCAACACGAGAAAUCUGAGUUUGAACGCAAAUCCAAAUCUGACAUCGCUUCUCUGGUCGCGUAUGACGACGCUAUCCUGCAUAUGCAGCAGAUUCUCGAACGACUGAACACCGAUCGACAAACGCUACAGGACAGCAUGGACUCAAAACGCGCCAUGAUCGGUCCUAUUCGCCGGCUGCCCAACGAGGUUCUCGCUAUGAUCAUCUCCUUCACCGUCCUCGGCACGUUCUCUCGCCACCCGGACAGCACGUACAUUGCACAUCACCUGGUGCUGCAGGUCUGCCGACACUGGCGCGACCUUGGGAUCGCAACCCCGCAUAUCUGGUCGAAGAUAACGCUCUUCCCCCGUGUAUAUGACAAUUGGGCCACCAUAUUGCAACUGUGUCUCGAGCGCUCCAAGGCGCACUCCCUCCAGGUACACCUGAGCAGCGAUAGAACCGCGCCGUCCAAUCCUGCACGAAAAUCGAGAGAACGAUGGCGACAGUCUCUGCAUACGGAUGAAAUGGACGCAAUCGACGUUCUCUUCAAACAAUCGGCACGGUGGAAAUACGCGCGACUGGGCGGUAUCAUCCUUUCCGACGACGGCCUGAUCGAAGAGAUACCGUUGGAGCUGCCUCUGCUCACCUCUCUGUACCUCGAGAAACCAGACUGGUUUGGGAAUUACUCCAGGUGUCUCCCCGGAAAGACGUUUUUCAAUGCUCCAGCACUCAAAUAUGCACGCAUCGAGAAUCACAGAUUCGAGAACCUCUGCCUGCAAUGGGGUCAGCUCACUCGCCUGCACAUCGUUAUCCGCGACAUGGAGGAAAACGCGGAACACGUACUCUCAGCCCUGCGCCAAUGCGGAUUACUCUAUUCGCUGACGUUUGGUGCCCGACUGGCUGGCAUCACAGAUACGACCCCGCCAGUUGUCCUGCCCCUUCUACGGGAUCUAAUCCUAAAACGAUAUGGUCAAUCCAUCCUCCCUGCUCUUCGUGCGCCAGCCCUUCGAGAGAUUGCAUUCAACCCCGACGGCUUCAGCUAUGGCGACGAGGGCGUGCUGGAGCCCAUUGAGGCGCUCAAGCACUUCGGAAAGGAUACCAUCCAACACGGCACAGAUAUGCCCUCUAUCUCGCGAGUCGAGGUUCCAGUGUACAUGAGUCACGCACUCAACUGGGCAGAGAUCUUUGAAUGCUACCCCGGCGUCACGCACCUGCAGCUUGCGGAUUGGUGCAAUGGCGGUUCCGGGAAAGCCUGUUUGAGCCGUUUCGUUCGAGGCAGUCGAAUACCAUGCAGCAAUAUCGGGCUAGUUGCCUGCUUUGAAGACAAUAGACGACUGCAUCAAAGGCCUGUAAAAACGAUGUGAUUCCAAUAUCCAGGAUUACUGACAUCCUAGCGUAGGUCGAGCGAAUCGAGGACUGACUGGCGAAAUGGCGUGGAGUGGCAGGGCGUCUCACCGUCACCAACAAGUCAUCAAUGACUCGUGUUUCGCUGUCGAUGCGGCGGAGGCGCAUUAUGUCAAUUGUGGAACUUAUUGAGACUCUUGAGGUUGGGACGGCGACGGAGCCGGUGACCGUGGGCCUUCGAUGUAAGCAAUCCAAUAUGAAGCGAAGGUCCGGGAG